UCUUCUACAGCAUACGAGCUUGAAAGAGCAGCUUCUGGUUAGGUUCAGUGAGGCUGAUAAGCCCAGACAACGUCCAGUUCGAUCGAUUAUUUUUUUUCAAGUUGUAUAUUCGACUCUCCCAAUCAGUUGUAUUCUGACUUGCGAACGCAGGCGCACGACCAAGCGCUUAAUUAAUUCAAACAAAUAAAUUAUAUUGUAUAUACACAUCCACAUAUAUAUAUAUAUAUAUGUAUAUACAAUGGAGCUAAAGCUUCAAUUUGGUUUUAUUUUGAUAGUGGUGCAAAACAUAUGGCUGUAUAAUGCCCAAGAAAUCUUUGGUUAUUGUACCACACCCGGGGAGCAGAGUGGUUCAUGCAUUUAUCUAAGGGAAUGUGAUUAUCUCUUUGAACUAGUACAAAUGCAGCCAAUCUCGAACAGCAAUCGCGCCCUACUUCAAAAUAGUCAAUGUGGCUAUAGAAAUGGUCAAGUUCUGAUUUGCUGUGCCAAUAGUCGGAGGCUGCCUCAGUCUGGGCCUGUGUGGGGCAAUCAGGGUCAACCACCUGCACCCUCACCCACCACACCCAGACCAAAACCAUUUAAUUCCAAACUAUUGCCACAGGCCCCAAAUUGUGGCGAUAACUUUGGAGAUCGUAUUGUUGGUGGCGUCACAACACGCAAAAGAGAAUUCCCCUGGCUGGUUUUGAUCGAAUACACAAAGCCUGGCAAUGUAAUUGGUCACAAUUGUGGUGGUUCCUUGAUCAAUAAUCGUUAUGUAAUCACUGCUGCCCAUUGUGUGAAUGCCAUCCCCAGGGAUUGGCGACUAACUGGAGUUCGUCUUGGUGAAUGGGACACAAGCACAAAUCCCGAUUGCACUAAAGAGAAGAAUGGCCGAGAUGAUUGUAAUGAUCCGUAUGUGGAUAAUCCAGUCAUUGAGAAAAUAGUCCAUCCAGAGUAUUCAGCAAGUUCACGAGAUCAAUUGAAUGAUAUUGCCUUGCUGCGUCUGAGAGAUCCUGUGACCUAUACAGAUUUCAUAUCACCCGUGUGCCUGCCCACCCAAGCAAAGCAACGUGAUGAAAUCUUCUUGGGACGCAAAAUGGUGGUGGCCGGUUGGGGUCGUACCGAGACGAAUGCCACAGCCCAGUUUAAAUUGAAAGCUGAAAUCGAGGCGGUGACAUUGAACGAAUGUAAUCGUGUCUAUAAUAGUCAGCGUCGCAUAGUGACAAGCUCUCAAAUCUGUGCCGGCGGUGUGGAGGGUAUUGAUUCCUGUCGCGGUGAUUCCGGCGGCCCCUUGGUGCUGGAAGAGAACUAUGACGGUUAUGCCAACUAUUAUUUAACGGGAAUCGUUUCCUAUGGGCCAACUCAAUGUGGCCUUAAGGAUUUCCCUGGAGUUUAUACAAGAGUUGCUGCCUAUCUUGAUUUCAUUGAACGCAAUGUCAGACCUUAGAUCCCAGAUCUAUUUUGUAUGCCUUUUUUUUGUAACUCAAAUCGAACUUUAAUAUACAAAGUAAACUAUACAAUAAAUAAAAUGUAACUUUUUGUAAAAUUAA